CCGGCCGCCGCCCUGCGCGCCGCUGCCUCCCGUGCCUGCGCCUUGCGCGGCCGGCGGCUCCACCCGCCGCCCUGCGCGCCGCGCGGCUACGGCUUGCGGCCUGCGGGCGCGUCUGUUAGCUUGGUCCAGCCUGCGCCUUGCUGCUGCCGCCCGUCACCUCCCGCCGUCGUCGCCCACUGCAGCUCUCCGCCCAUCGCUACUGAUUGGCCUACCCUAGUUUCAAUUCCUGGGUCCACCAUCCUCCGCCGAUCCAUGGUCCGACUAGGUUCUUCUCCGCCCUUUCCAAGUGGACGUGCGUGAGUCGAAGGGUAGAGUUUGGGCCCCAAAGUUUGGAGGGACGACAGUUGCUGGGAUGGAUUACACCAACGCCAUCCACAUCAUCCCGGAUGCUGCAGGCCCCGACGCCUGGGCCAACGCGGCGCCGUCGGCUGGUGGGGACUCCGCCAUCUGGGCUACCGAGGACGACUACCGCCAGUGGAGCAAUGACCCCAGCUACAGUGACCGUAACCCCUCCUCGCGGGCGGGGAGCGAGCAGCCACCGCCAGGCAAGAAGUCGCGGGGUGGGGCCGGGGCUGGGGGCGGUGGCGGAGGAGGAGGCGGCGAUGGCGGGGGCAGCAUCAGCACAAGCAAGUCCCGUGCCAUCGGCAAGGUGUUCUUCAAGACCAAGCUCUGCUGCAAGUUCCGAGCCGGGACCUGCCCCUACAUCACCAACUGCAACUUCGCGCACGGCAUGGAGGAGCUCCGCAAGCCGCCGCCAAACUGGCAGGAGAUCGUUGCUGUGCAUGAGGAGGCCACGGAGCAGCGGGAGGAGCACCAGAUCCCCAUCAUGACCUCCGGCAGCGUCGUGGUUGGGGACGGUGGUGGAAGUGGCUCGCAGGGGGGCAGGGCAUACAAGGGCCGCCACUGCAAGAAGUUCUACACUGAGGAGGGUUGCCCCUAUGGCGACGCUUGCACAUUCCUGCAUGAUGAGCAGUCCAAGGCGCGGGAGAGCAUGGCCAUCAGUCUCUCGCCCACGGUUGGCAGUGGGGGAUACAAUGCUACCUCUGCCACUGGGGGAAUGGUGCCGAAGCCGUCCAAUUGGAAGACGAGGAUCUGUAACAAGUGGGAGAUGACUGGAUACUGCCCUUUCGGGAGCAAGUGCCACUUUGCUCAUGGAGCAGCUGAACUUCACAAGUAUGGUGGGGGACUUGUCGACAUAGACAGCAGGGAUGCCGCGUCCACUCCCGACUCAAAGCAAGCUGGUGCUUCUGCAAAAGCUCCUGCAGAUUCUGCUGCUGCAUCCACCGCGAUGCCCCCUCACGCAGACGUGUACCAUCUAGGCAUCCAGUCGCAGCGUUCCACCAUCGUCAGCCAGAGGUCUGGGCACGUGCAAAGGCCCAUUCAGAAGUGGAAGGGUCCUGACAAGAUCAGCAGGAUCUAUGGUGAUUGGAUAGACGAGAAUGAGUAGGAAGGCAAGCCCUCGCUUAGUACCUGGCUGCCUUCACCUCGGCUGGUGCAAGCCGCUUACAAGUUGUAGAUGGCACUGCAAAACCUGGUCCCAGAAGGACGUGCGGUGUUGGUAUGAUUGUUAUGUUGCUGCAGGUCCUGUUGUCUCUGUUGUAUGCAUGCUUAAGAGAAGAUCAACUCUAAGACCCAUAUUGGGAAGGAAAACUGCAAGAACAUAGCAUGGUUACUGGUUGUGUUGUUUUCUUAGUUGAACUCAGAAGUCUCAUUCCUAUGCUUGUGCAAUCUGUGUGCUGGAAGUCAUGGACUCAUGGAUGGUGCAUCCUGGAAGUUACUGGUUCAUAUUAUUGGGCUGCCAGCGCCUAACUCUUUGGGCUAUUGGUCUGAGUUUCAAGAUCCAGCAGCACAUCCAGGUUUUGCUGCAAGAUGACUUGGAUGCUGGCUGAUGCUUCAUGAUAAACCCAAGAUACUUUCCUAAAAAGAUGUACCAUAAACUAGAGAUAAUCUUUUUGUACAUAUGACGUCUUAGUUAAGUGUUGCCCAUAUCUACAAAACAUAA